UCUUCUCUUCCCAGGAUCUGCGGGCCGUCCAUCAGCAGCUGAGCUCGGUGAACUCCGAGCUGGAGCCCUGCCUGCCCGUCCUUCCCGAGGAGCCGUCGGGGAUGUGGACGGUGCUCUUCGGGACUCCAGAGCUGUCCGAGGAGGAGAUGGAUGUGCUGUGCUAUCAGCUGCAGGUAUACUUGGGCCACUGCCUCGAUACGUGCGGCUGGAAGAUCCUCUCUCAGGUGCUCUUCACCGAAACCGACGACCCGGAGGAAUAUUACGAGAGUCUGAGCGAGCUGCGGCAGAAGGGCUACGAGGAGGUAUUGCAAAGGGCCCGUAAGCGCAUUCAGGAGCUUCUGGAAAAACAUAAGAAUACAGAAAGCAUGGUGGAAUUGCUGGAAUUAUAUCAAAUGGAGGAUGAUGCAUAUGGUAGUCUUGCUGAAGCUACCACAGAACUCUAUCAAUAUUUACUGCAACCAUUCCGAGAUAUGAGGGAACUUGCAAUGCUCAGAAGACAGCAAAUAAAGAUUUCCAUAGAGAAUGAUUACCUAGGUCCUAGAAGAAUUGAAAGUCUUCAAAAAGAAGAUGCUGACUGGCAACGGAAGGCUCAUAUGGCUGUAUUAUCUAUACAAGACCUUACAGUAAAGUACUUCGAAAUAACAGCAAAAGCACAAAAAGCUGUGUAUGAUCGUAUGCGAGCAGACCAGAAAAAGUUUGGUAAGGCAGCUUGGGCAGCAGCAGUGGAACGAAUGGAAAAACUUCAGUAUGCGGUGUCUAAAGAUACUUUGCAAUUGAUGAGAGCAAAAGAAAUCUGUUUAGAACAGAAGAAACAUGCAUUAAAAGAAGAGAUGCAGAGCUUACAAGGGGGCACAGAAGCCAUAGCUCAUUUGGACCAACUUGAAGCUGAUUAUUAUGACCUGCAACUUCAGUUGUAUGAAGUGCAGUUUGAAAUUCUGAAGUGUGAAGAACUGUUGCUGACAGCACAACUUGAAAGCAUUAAAAGACUUAUUUCAGAGAAAAGAGAUGAAGUAGUAUAUUAUGAUACUUACGAAAGUAUGGAAGCCAUGCUUGAAAAAGAAGAUAUGGCAACAUCCAUACAUUUGCAAAGGGAAGAGUUGCAGAAAUUACAACAGAAAGUCCGUCAACUAGAAGCAAGGCGUGGUCGCAUUUCUGCCAAAAAAGCCUACCUCAAAAAUAAAAAGGAAAUCUGCAUUGCAAAACAUAGUGAAAAAUUCUCACAGCAUUCUCAGAGUGAAGGAGAGUCAGAACAUGCUGCAAAAUUUAAAAGAGAGCAGUUGCAAGAUGAGGUAGAAAGAAAAAGCUCAUGGGUUAGUCAGGAACGACAGAAAACAUUGGACAGACUUCGAACAUUUAAACAGCGCUAUCCUGGACAGGUAAUUCUCAAAUCAACUAGACUUCGGCUGGCUCAUGCAAGGAGAAAAAGUACAGCCACUUCAACAACUGGCCUAGAUCAUCCCCCAUCUUCACCAGUAACUACACAGACAGAUAACAUGGAGCAAGAAAAAGUAAUCCAGCCUUUACAAAAACAGGAGUCUAGAAGCUUAGGACAACUUGAAGAUAUUUUUUUAUCUCCUAGUGGUAUUACCUCUGAAUUUUCUCAAACUGAUUCUCUUCCAGCUCUCAUUAGCAAUGAAUUUCAUUCAAAUACAGUCAGUGAGGCACCAUUUCCUCCUCCUCUACCACCGCCACCACCACCACCUCUGCCCACCAAGGAAGAAUCUACUCAGUGUUCUGAAAAAAGCAUUAGUCCUGUUAAACAAAGCAAUGCAGAGAAGCCAACCCCACUGAUCACCAUUGCACCAACAGCUCAUUUUUUUGAUAGCAGCCAGUUAGUCAGUGCCAAGAAAAAACUAAAGAAAACUGGUGAUAUGGAAGGAUUGCAAAGAAGAAGAGUGAGUUCCCCAAUGGAUGAGGUUUUGGCUUCCCUGAAACGUGGCAGCUUCCACCUGAGAAAAGUUGAACAGAGAAAUCUACCCCCAUUCCCUGAUGAAGAUGACAGCAAUAACAUCUUGGCACAGAUCAGAAAAGGCGUGAAACUGAAGAAGGUUCAAAAGGACAUUAUGAGAGAAUCAUUCACAAUUUUACCUGAUGAUGAUCCUUUAACUCGCAGCAUCCAUGAAGCACUACGCCGGAUUAAGGAGGCAUCACCAGAGUCUGAAGAUGAGGAAGAGAAUCUACCAUGCACAGAUUGGGAAAAUUAAGGGUCUGAGGAUUCCACUGAAUAUUAUAUUUCUUUCACUUCUGAACAUUCAUACUCAACGGUUUGAUCAUCUUCACUCUAGGAGAAGUUUACUCUGAGAUAAUAUUUGAUAUGUGCAUGAAUACAUUUUUUAACUUCAUAGUAUAAGAUUCUGGUUGGACCAAAAGCUGCGUUAAGUGCACAUUUUGCAUAACUCUGAGGAAAGAGAACCUUUCAAAAUAUUUUCUGAUUCUUCACUCACUUUUUACAUAUGUGUGAAACAUGUCAGCAACUGUUUGCAGCCAAGCUUCUUCCCAACAUAAUUUACUAGGACAAGUAUGAAGUCUGACUGUUGGUUCAUUGAAGGCAUCAGUGUUGAAGAAAAAAUAUUGCUACAUUGACAUCAAUUUCUUAUUACAGGAACAGGAAUUCACAUAAAACUUCAUUUCACACAGGAGGUAGAUUUGAAAGAAAAAUGCAUUUCUUAACUACUAAUAGUUCAAAAUACAAAUUAGUUUAAAAACAAAUGGUUAUGCAUUUAAUGGAAAAUACCAUAAGAAUGAAAUUCAUGUAUUUAAGAAUUUGUUUACAGUCUAAUACAUUAUAAAAUGACAUAUAGCAAAACCCUUAGAAGGCCAUGGAUACUGUGUACACCUUAUAUUUUUAAAUUAGAUUUUUUUUGUGCUCUUACAAACAGUAACAUUUUAAUUGCAGGGUGAGUUAUAAUAAAGUUAUACAUUUUAUUUAUAGAAGCAAUAUUUUAUAAUGAGUAUACUUAAAAUUAUUUUUAUCUAUUUGUUUGACUGUUCUUUGAUUACUCUAAGGAACUUUUAUUUAAGGAGAAUACAAAAUUGAUUUUACUUCUAAGUUGUGAAAAUUAUAAUGAUUCCCUCCCCUCUCCAUUUUCAUUAUUCCCAUUCAUUGUUAGAAAUAUAUUUGAAUUAUGUAAUAUCCUAUUUUAUUGUAAAUAAUUUCCUUUUAACCCCAGGAUAAUGGUCUAAAGGAGACCAAACCUUCAGUAUAGUGAAUACUUAAAGGAAUGUAUCCCUAAACAGCAUGACUAAUAGCUGCAGGCAGCUCAUUUUAUAGUGUCAGAAUACUAAACAGUAUUUCUGCACCAAGGCUAUUCUUGUCCUGUUGAAACUGUUUGAUCAAAAUCUCAAUGCAGGAAAAUCUUGAGUUUGGCCAGCUCCUUCUUUUAAAGUGUACUAUGCUUGAAAAAAAGAUAAGAUCCUUUAUCUUAUGGAAAAAAUCAUGUUAAAAUUAUUUACUGUACUCAUUUAUUGUCCUGUUCCAAGGAUAUUCUAUGAGCUUUGCAUAUUGGAAGGAAUGCAUAUAGUAGUUCUACUUACCUUUUGGAACAAGCGGUUAACUGUCUUGCCCUUUCUUUUUACAAAUAGUUGGAAAUACCAUAAUACUUUUAAAUAUGUUAUGCAACUUAACCCAACUCAGCUGGGUCUUACUUGCAAUCCCCUUAUCCAUUAACGACAAUUUUGAAUAUUUUAAAGUGAUGCCUGCUAUUCGAUACUUGGCAGGUGUACUUUUUCAGAUGCUUAUUGCCUUAUAUAAUCUGAAAUGCUGUCCUCUAAAGGAAAGCUUAAAAUAGUAUGAGUUCCAUUAACAUAAGAGCACUGUUCAGUUUGGGAGAAAAAUAGUAUUGGUUAUAUUAGUAUCAGAUAUUCAUUUCAUUGAAAAAUUGAACAUAAUAUGUUAUUCAUAGUUAUAAUCCCAGAUAAUGCAGGGUUCUGUGGCAAUAAUUCAUAACUGCAAAAUGUAACUGUUAAUUUUUAGUAAAACCCAUAAAGUCUGUACUGUGCUGAUGGUUAGUCAUGUCCACUAUAAAUAUACCAUGUUUGAAUUUUUAGCCAUGGCACAAGACAUGAACUUCUGAAAUUAAGGUGACAUGUGGAUCACGCAAAGCUUUGUGUAAUCAUUUGCAGCAGAAGUUUCAAGCAACACAUUUCAUUGGGCCUUUUACCAGACCUUCUAUGCAAAGAUACAAAAGUCUUUGCACUAUUUUAUGUCCACAGAUUUUGAAUUUAUGGGAGAAAUAUAUGAAGCUCUCAGGCUUUUAUAGUUGAGACUUUUGCCUUGAAAACUGCAUGAAUGUUUUUAAAAAAUAUAAUAGUUUAAUUAUUGCCAGAAUAUGAAAAUGGCAUUGAGUCUAUAAAAAUGGCUUGUUUGUGGCAACAUAUCCACUGGCUGCUGUACAAUAGUUGAUCUCAUGUCUAGAGUUUUCCCUUUAGAGUACAAAUGUUCAUAAUCUGUUAGGAUGAGAAGAUUGUUUCAUUUGUCAGUUAAGAGUACAGUAGCAGUAUUUUAUUGAUCAACACCUAUGUGCUGUUGUCAUAGUCAGGUUUUUGGACCAGAAGUAAUUCUUAAGUUUAUUGCUUAAAGCCCAUUGUAUAUAAAAGUUGUGGGAGGCUAAGAAGUCAUAGUGCUCAAGUCUGCACAUUUCUCACAAUAAACUUAUAAAGUAUGUAGGCAUUUAAGAAAAGAUCUGAGUGAAGGUUGUUUGAAAAAUGAAUUCCAGUAUUUUAAUGCUGCACACUACCAUGCAACUGUUUUUCGUACUGCAAAUGAAUGACAAAUUUAAGUUAAUUUUUUAUCCAUAACUCAGAUUGUAUAUCAGUAAAUUAUCUGAGUAUAUUCCAAAUGAAGCUGGAAUUGGUAAGGAGCGGUAAAUGCCAAGUGAUAAGUAAUAUGAUUUGGGAAAUAUACAAUAGAGGCCUGAGCCGUUUUAAUAUUUCCACUUGAAAACAUAUUUAAGGUGAAGGGGAACAGUAGUACUCACAAAGUGGCUUUAUCUCAUAUAUAAUGAUUUAAAAAAUUACGUUUGUAUUAAUUGCUUGGGGUUUUUUAUGGUUAUUUACACAUUCAGUAAUUUAGCAUAUAUACCUUUGCUUCUAGUUUCAACCUUUUCCUUGCAGGAUUUUUCAAAAUAGCGCAGCUUAUAUCUUAAAAAUUAUAAUCACAGAAACAAGUUUAAUGGCACUAAAUUGCAUCUUGCAAGGAUAUAGGAAGCUUAUGUAUUUCACACUAAGGAGUCUUUGCUCUUGAGCUUUGUUUUAAGCAGCUACCGCUUUCACAGUAUUAGUUCAUUUUUGUAAUAGUGCCCUGUGAAGAAGAGGAAACUUUCACUAAUUGUCAACAUUUUCUUUUAUUUACACUGCCUUUAAAGAGUGAAUUGUAACUUAAACCAUAUGGAUUUAUGAGCAUAAUUUAUUUAAAUUGUUAUGCUUUAUAAUCCAGGUAUUGAAGGUAGUCAUAAUGAUCUCAAAAGAUGUAGCAGAAUGUGUCUAAUGUUACAAAGGCAUACAAGUGAAACUUUUUGCAGUAGUUGAAAGCACCUUAUUUUCUAUCAAUAAUGACACCAAUCAAGCAACAACAAUCUUCAUAGAAACACGUAUGGGAAGAAAUACUUGGAUUGAAUGGAGGCUUCUCUGUCAAUCUGAUGAUAAUUGAAGCAAGCGAACUAACCCUUUGAUAUAGUCCCGGGCAGUCAGAUUUUCACUGUAUUUAGAGUCAAAACUAUUCUUUGGUAGACCAAACUUUGGCAGAAAAAUACACAUUUUUCAGUUAUCACAUUAAUAGCUGGAAAAAUAACGCACUAGUUGCUUUUAUCCUAAAAAUGUAACUAAUUUUAUGUUUUGAAUGAAAGAAACACAUGUUAAUUGCUAAAGAAAAUCUUACAUAAUUCACCGAUUGGAGCUAUAUGGACAUUCCACAGGUAACUUUUGUAAAAAAAAUUUCCUAAUCUUUUGCACAAAAUAUGUGUUGUUUAAGACAAUUCAUGUGGGGUUCCUAGAUAGUGCUUCAGAAACAGAAGCAAAUAAAAGCCCAUUUUUAUUGGGCCCUUAAAAAUCUAUAAUGGCUUAUAAACGCCUUGUGCCAGAAAUUUAUUUUUCAGUUUUCACACUUUGAAUACAAAAAAAAUAGCCAAAGGCCUACUUCAGGAAUUUCUUUGCCCUGGUCUUGUACCCAAGGUGAGAAGAUAAUGCACUUUCCAAUGCUUAAGUGUAGAGGAAAUAGACAUAGCAGCAAACUGGAUCUACCUUCUUCAACCAAAGAGAUGAAAUAAAUCUGAGUUUGGCCUGAGUUUGCUUCAUACUGAGACUCAGCAAGGGCAAUCAUCAUUGGGCAACUAUAUUGUUGCAACUGGCAAUAAAGCAUCUCCAAUAUACUUCACCAUAUACAUUUUUGAAGAAAUAAUAUGCCAAGGUCUACUUGGGCCAUAGUGCACUAAUUUAUAAUUUAGUAUAUAAUUUGCUGCAUUGUGCUUAGUAUGAUGUGGCUGCAAUGAGAUUUCUUAUUAGCUAUAGUUCAUUUGAUAUUCUAUCGGAUAGCUCAUUUGAUCUAGACCAAUUUCAGGACCUUGGCCAAAAUUGCUUAAUGUUUGUAUCAUAAUGUUCUCCCAUUUUGACAUAGGAUAUACACUAAGACUAGAAGCACUAAAAAAUUAAAAGCACUAAAACUAGACUUGGGUUUUUUAGAACGAAAACAUCAGAAAACACUGGGUUUUGCCUGGAAACUGAGGCCAUCAUCUUCCAAAAAGAGAACAUCCUCAAGCCACCUUUAAUGUAUAGUAUAUCUUAUUUUAUUGAAAUAAAUUAACAUUAAAUUGUCAUUUGUGAAUUUAGCAGUCUCUGAUAAGCCAAGUUUAGCUAGUCAUAGCUAACUAUUCAAUUUAGUUAUUAAAAUAAGUUACUAUUAAAAUUGGUUACUAAAUCUCACUCACACUUUAUUAUUGUGUCCAAAUUGGUACACAGGCUGUAGCUUAUGCCUGGACAUAGUAUCAAAGUCAUGGGUUGGAAGACAGAGGUUGCUACAAUUAUCAUGAAUUUAGCAGUCUCUGAUAAGCCAAGUUUAGCUAGUCAUAGCUAACUAUUCAAUUUAGUUAUUAAAAUAAGUUACUAUUAAAAUUGGUUACUAAAUCUCUCUCACACUUUAUUAUUGUGUCCAAAUUGGUACACAGGCUGUAGCUUAUGCCUGGACAUAGUAUCAAAGUCAUGGGUUGGAAGACAGAGGUUGCUACAAUUAUCAUUUGGUCACUGCCCCAAGCAGAUCCACUUUCAUACCCACUUUCAUUUCUGUAGGUCAGUAUGCUAGCAGAUAAAAACAGUGAUUGGAUACUAAGCUCAUUUAAAAUAGCUCAGUAUAAUCCCUGUUUAAGAGGCAGCCUGACCUUGUCUUGGAUAUCGUCUAUAGGCAUUAAAGCAUUGCCUGACCAGGCUGUUAUUUGAGCAGUUUAGUAACUUCACAGAUCAUGCCCUAUGGUGGACAGUACUUUACUGAGAGGGAACAUGCACUUCCUAAAUUUGGGUUUUUCGUCUGAUGCCUCUAUUUUUUGUUGCCCUGCUAUAUCCCUGCUGUCAUUUGGGGACUAUAUAACCCAAAGAGGAGAGUGAUAAUGAAAUCUGGGACUGAACUGCGCUAUAUUGAUGCAAACUUUCACAUGAAUUCAGAAUCAUGAAAGCAAACCCUUUUAUGGAUGUGCCCUUAAACUCUUCAUUUCCCACUGUAAAACUAUGGUAGAGAGAUGUGUAGCUUUGUGUUUAUAGGGUAUUGCUCAUCUAUUUGUAUAUUUCUCAUAUCAACUGCAAAUUUUAAUACCUAUGAUUUUAUUCUGUAACAUUUAUAAAUUGCCUCAUACCACUUUAGAAGCAAAAGAUUUUUCCCCCAUUCUAAUUUCUUGUCUCCCCCUCCUUUCCUUCCUUUUUUAGUAAAGAUAUUUAUCUUAUAUAUAUGUUAUCAUUUUCCAUACUGAGUCAAGUGUGCACAAAUGCUUCCCCCCAACCUCACCUCCCAUUAGUCUGUUUUAGGUUACAGAUGUGUGUGUCAUGCUCUCAAUACAGCUGAAAAGAUACUAAAUUAGACAGCUAAGAUAAGGUCCGUAUCCCUAAAGUGCUGGGUUUGAGUGUUAAAAAAACACAUGGAAUAUUGCAAAACUUUUGCAGAAGGAGCAAUCAAAACAUGUUGUUUGCAUUCAGUCAUGCUUUAGGAAUUAUCACCGUGUUUGUUCUUGAAAGUAAACCAAAACAGGACAUUUUGAGAUCAAGGAUUGGAUCUUUCCAGUUUUUGUUUUUGUUUUUAAGGUAAAGUUAGCCACAGGGAUCACCAGAUAGAAUCUUCUGAUAAAUUUCUCCUUAUCCUAUCAUUCUAUUUUCCUGAUUUAAACUACCCUCCUGCUAUAUUUUCUUCCAGCAAAAGUAGUGUAGAUUUCUGUAUGGUUUUUUUU